UUAUGGUCGAUGAUAUGUCUAUAUAUAUUGAUAUAUGAUGAGAAAUGAAUAUGUAUCAACUGUGGAGUGAGAUCAAAAUCUAUUUAAUUAGGACAUAUGCAUACAUACAUACAUGCUAACAGUGGUGUCUGAUGAUGGUGGGGUCUAGUGCAGGUGCAGGUGCAGGUGCAUCUUCAUCUUCAUCUUCAUCAUCAGCUUAUUAUGUUCCUCAGGUUGUUUCAGAUAUUUUAAUGGAAAUCUCAAUGAUUUCUGACAUUCCCAUGAAGUUAUCAAGACUUGAUUUUUAUGUCCACUCUCUUCAACAAGAAAUCAAAAAGAUCCAUGCUAAUUUCAACCCUCACCUGCCAUUUUCCAUGAAUCUCUUACAACAAGCGGCGGAGAGACUUGAGAUGGAGAAGGAGAAACAAAGGACAGCGAGGGAAGGAUUCAAGCAGGGGAGGGCAGAAUCGACAUUUGACAUGGAGAAUACUAUGAAUAGGAGUGACGAUAGUUCAGUGCAGCUACGGACUACUCCCAUUCAAUACGAUGAAAGUACCAUUCUGUCCCUGAGAUCAUUAUCAAGCGGCCACAACAACAAUAAGACGACUAGAGGGGCAAUUAUGUCAUUUUUCAAUAGUGAGAAAAUUGAUCAAAUAGUGCCGCCACCAAUUGGAUUACCGUUCGACGGCGGCUCCAGCUUCCGGCAUGGAGCGGCGGCGGCGGCGGCGUCGCAGCGGAAGAAGGUGCGGCGGUGCUGGUCGCCGCAGUUGCACAAUAGAUUUGUCAACGCUCUGCAGCGACUCGGCGGACCAAAUAUAGCGACACCGAAACAUAUAAGAGCGCUUAUGGAUGUCGAGGGCCUUACUAAUGACCAAGUUAAAAGCCAUUUACAGAAAUAUCGAAUUUAUGUCCGAAAACUCCCAAAUUCAUUGGCAAGCACAAAUGGUUACUCGUGGCUAAGAAAUGUGGAAUUAUCGAAGAACAUUGAGUUGGGGUCGAGUUUUGAAUCAAGGUCAAGAUCCCCACUCGAGCAUUUGAAUUUGGUGAAGAGUUCGCGUGACAAUAGCGAAGAUGAUUAAAAUUAUCUAAAAGUUAUUGAUAGGUAUUUAAUACAUUGAAAAUUAAUACAUAUCGAUCAAAAUUAGAUCGAUUUAUACUUUUAGAGUGUGUU